AGGGGAAGAAUAAGCAACUUCUCAGCGCUGCUCAGUCCCAGAAUUUGAGUCGAGAAAAGGAGAUUGCGUUGUUUUCAUCACUGUUUGGCACAUUCAAGCCUUCUUGUAAUCGUUGAGAGGAAAAAUGCUGUCUAUAGCCUCUGAGAUUUCAAAGGCUGAUUCCUGUAGUUCAUUUCACAACAUCAUCAUGCCUUUGUCGCUCCAAAAAUUGUCAUCUACUUUCGUCAUUGUUACCUACAACCAAUGAGGUUGUUUGUGGACUCUGUAUCUAGUGGGUCUAAAUCUCAUUCCUCAUCAAAUCUCUGCAGACAAAAGCUAAGUGUUUCUUUUUUGUCAGUGCAAGUGCAAUUAAUGGCCAUUGCCCUAAAAGCAACUUUCCCCGUCCAACUGAAAAAGAAACCUGAAAACCAUUUAUUUAUUCGCCUGAAUGCUCAAAGAGUCGUUGUUUCGAGGAAAACAUUGAAGACUCCAAUGGCCACUCUCAGCACUGUCUGCACUGUGGGUCUCUCCGAAACUUUUGCAAGAUUGAGACAAGAAGGCAAA